AAAUCAGAUAAAACUUUCUUGGAACACCUAAUUUUUCUACUUCUAUAUGGUUUAGAAGCUAUAGAUCUAUUUCUUCACCUCCUCUUACCCCACCACCACCACUCUCAAACCCCUCAUUUUUUCUUGAUCAAAGCAUCAUCAAAAUAACACUCCCCUCUUUCUCUUUCUUUCUUUCAAAAGAAACAAAGGAUUAAGAAGAUUAAUGGAGGGACAAACUCAUGGAGGUACAGAAGUGAGAAGACUUCACAUCAUAUAUUUUCUGAGUAGAAAAGGUCGUAUUGAACAUCCUCAUCUCAUCAGAGUUCAUCAUUUUUCUAGAAAUGGCAUUCGUCUUCGAGAUGUCAAGAGAUGGUUGGGAGAAUUGCGAGGAAAAGACAUGCCUGAAUCUUUUGCUUGGUCAUACAAGAGGAAAUACAAGACUGGAUAUGUAUGGCAAGACUUGCUGGAUGAAGAUCUCAUUACUCCAAUUUCGGACAAUGAAUACGUCCUUAAAGGAUCCCAAGUUUCAUCCAUCACCCCUAUUAAAGAUGCUUCAUGUGGUGAAAAAGGAGUAACAACAACCAUGCAAAAGGAACAAACAAAACCAGAUCAAGAUCAUAAUCAAGAUCCUUCAAUGGAUUCAUCAAAGAAAAUCCCUUCAGAGAUUGAAGAAGAAUCUCCAACUUCAACAGUCACCACAGAUUCACCAAAAAUCCAAGAAGAAGAAAAAGUUAACAACUUUGAGAACAGUUCUUCUUCUUUUUCAUCAAAUUCUUCUACUUCCUCUGCUUCUUUUGGCUCAAUGAAAAUCAAGAAGAAAACAAAUGAUCAUGUUAAAGAAAAUGGAGAAAAAAAUAGUACUCAGAGUUCGGAAAAAACGUCGAAAAACCCGAAAUUGAACAAGAGUAGAAGCUAUUCAAAUGGGGCUUCAAGUAUUUUCAGGAAUUUGAUAACUUGUGGAGCUGUGGAUACUGAUGAAUCUGGAAUUGUUCCACUUAGAAAAAAUAAGACUUCUUUAACUGCUUCUAGUGAAAAAACAGUGAGUUUUUCUUCAGAGAUUUGUAAAUCAGAGAAACUUGGAGGAUCUCAAAGGAUUUUUGGUACGGCUUGGAAUCAACAAACUAAUGGAAGGAAAAGCUGUGAUGGGGCAUUCAGUUCUUCAAAGAACAAAAGUGAAUUUGGCAGUCGGAGAUCAGUUUCUGCUAAUUAUAAGCCAAUCAAUGGACCCAACUGCUCGCAAUGUGGGAAGCCAUUCAAGCCAGAAAAACUUCAUUCCCACAUGAAAUCCUGCAAAGGGAUGAAAGCUCUGGCAAAGGGUGCUAAUUCUGUUAACUCUGCUCCUGAGAAGACAUCCAAAGAUGCAUCAAAAGUGGAUUCUGUUUCUGGAAACUGUUUGACUCAUUAAAUGCCACCUUUCUUAUUUUUUUCAAUUACAAUUUUAUUUUUUUUUCAACUUCUUUUGGAAUUAGAUUAUGGUUUUUCUUUAGAACUUGGACAAGCCUUCCAUGUAAAUUUGAGCAAGAAGGUCCAUAGGCAAAAGCCUAAGCAAUUCAAGAAUUUAGAAGUAAAGUCUCCUUUACUUG